AUGACCUCCAGCCCGUCCGCCAUCACCCUCUCUGUCCGUCCAACGAUCCACCUCUCGGGCUCCUUCCUUGAAGGCGAGGUGCUUCUUGACUACCGCAAACUGCAGGAAGAAGACAUCCAAGAGGUUCACCUUAAACUCCGUGGGGCUCUGGCUGUCCAUAUCCAGCGUGGCAAGCGUCGCUGGUGCAGCAUCCAGUCUCUCAUCCAGGCCAACGUUUCCCUCUGGACGCAUGGCUCGGCCUAUCCUCCCCCUGACACUCACGUCCUCCCUCUUCCCUUCCGCCUUCUGCUCCCUCAGAAUCUCCCGCCCUCCUUCAUCUUCGAGCCCGGAGGCUCCUCGGCGCACAUUGAGUAUGCCAUCGUCGUCGUCCGCGUCCGCCCAGGCACGUUCAAGUCCAACCGCCGGAUCAACGCCCCGCUCGUCGUCCUCCCGCCCGACCCAGUCGGGGCGCGAAUCCGGAUGGGCGCAGACAUGGGCUGGAAGCGGACGGCGGUGGAGGAGAGGAUCAGACGCAGGCUCUGGGGCGAGCGUUCGCGCGUGCAAGUCGAGCUCGCGCUGCCGGAAAUCCCCGUCUUCCCCGUCUUCGCCGACCUUCCCGAGCUAUCGCUCACACUCCGACGGCUCACCCGUGUACACGCCCGGGACGAGCUCUCGGUCUUUCGUGACGAGGAAACCACGACACACGAGGACACGGUGAUGGUGGUCCUAGGGCGGCCGCGGACGGACGUCGAGACGGAGCUGCCGGAGAAGGAGUGGGUGGCGCAACCGCCCGCUGAGGGAGAGGGAGAGGGCGGGGAGGAGCACGGCGUGUGGGUGCAGCGGGCGCGGUUCCAGGCGACGAUGCGGCUCGACGUCACGCCGACGUUUGCGAACGAGUUCGUGCAGUGCGAGUACCUGCUGCACCUCCGCGUUCCAUUCGACGGCAUGAGCAACGACGUAAAGCUAGACGUCCCGAUUAUCAUCAGCUCCGGGAUCGACUUUCCGGUGUUGCGCGUGCCGCCCACGUCGUCGAGCCCCUUGUCAUCGUCGGCGCCUGCUCCGGCGAUGGCACAGCCUAUGCUGGGGUUACCCUCGUCUUACUGGGACCCGAGCGACCGGAGCGCACGCCAGGGCCUGCUCAACAUCCUCCGGGACGAGCUCGAGGCGAAGGGCCUCGCGACUAUGCUUGCGGGAGUUGGACCUAACAAUGGGAGCGGCAACGAGGGCCUGGGCGACGGGCACCUGAACGUCUGA